CGGCAAAGGCGGAUUCAAUGUUCUCACGUGAUCCACUGUUGUUGUUAAACCCGGAAGUGGCCGAAGGUUCAAUGGCUGCAGAAGCUAGCAAACCAGCGGAUCUCACGGCACAAGCUGAAGACUCAGAGGAGGAAAGUCAGCAUACUUGUUGAAGUCCUUUAACCCUGAAGACUCAGACUCCAGUGAAGACAUUAGUGGUGCAUCUGAAAUGGACUACCUACGGAAUCUCUUCUCCCGCACACUGGGCAUAGGAACCCCAGAGAAAGUUCUGGAUGAGUUGAGCAUAGAAGGCAUAAGCAGGUUCAUGCUAAGUGAGAAAUGCAAGAAUGUGGUUUGUAUGGUAGGGGCUGGCAUCUCGACAUCUGCUGGCAUUCCUGACUUCCGUUCCCCAGGCAGUGGGCUGUACUCCAACCUGCAAAAAUACAACUUACCAUAUCCAGAGGCCAUUUUUCAAAUUGGAUACUUUAAGGAAAAUCCAGAACCUUUUUUUGCUUUGGCUCGAGAACUAUUUCCAGGGCAAUUUAAGCCAACAAUUUGUCAUUACUUUAUUCGCCUACUGAAAGAAAAAGGCCUGCUUCUUCGUUGCUAUUCUCAGAACAUUGACACCCUGGAGAGAGUGGCCGGUCUGACUUCUGAUGACCUGGUGGAGGCUCAUGGAACUUUUCAUAGUUCCCAUUGUGUUGACACAUUCUGUAGGGCUGAGUAUUCUCUCUCCUGGAUGAAGGAAAAGAUCUUUUCUGAUCUGAUCCCAAAGUGUGAAAAAUGUAACAAUUUGGUUAAACCAGAUAUUGUUUUCUUUGGUGAAAGUUUGCCAUCCAGAUUCUUCUCUGCCAUUAAGUCUGACUUUCCCAAGGUUGAUCUGCUCAUAGUGAUGGGAACCUCUCUGCAAGUUCAGCCAUUUGCAUCUCUUGUCAGCAAAGUGUCUAGUAAGACCCCUAGACUUCUAAUAAACAAGGAGCUGGCAGGACAGGGUGACCCAUUUUUCAGUGUUUUUGGCUUUGGAGGAGGCAUGGACUUUGAUUCUGAGAAAGCAUACAGGGACGUUGCAUGGCUUGGAGACUGUGAUGAUGGCUGCCUUGCACUAGCUGAUUUCUUGGGGUGGAAGGCUGAAUUGGAAGAAUUAGUAAAGAAGGAACAUGCAGCAAUAGAUGCAGCAGCAGAAGCAGCAAAGAAAAAAGAAAGCAAGCCAGGGGGCUCAUCCAGUGAAGAAAGUUCUGCAGCAAAUGCUUCAGAUGAGAAAGCAAAUAACUGAUUGUUUUCUAGCUUUUAGUUUGUGAGUUCUCAUACAUUUAUUGACCUUUUUAAAGGGACACUUAACACAGUAACUGCAUUUGCCUAAUUGUGCUUUAUACAGAAGUAUACCUUUGGUAUCUUUUUGUACCAUUUGGGAUUGGUCCUUCCCCCAGGCUCUUGUUUGGUGUCUCUCAUUUGUCGCCUCUUCUGAAUGGUCAUGUCUCCAGUGCCAUGAGACUGUACCACCUGAAUGUCCCAUUAAGCCCCAACAUCUUGGUCAGUUAGCCAUUCAUUUGUAUUCUGCACAGAUAUCUAGACAUGCCAGGACAGGAAAGGCUAGGGAAGAUUUAAGAACAAAGGCAGAGCUAAGCUUUAGUGGCCCAUUGAUAGCAGAGAACUAAAUAACUUUUGAUGACCAUAUUAAAUGGUUGAUAGGGUGGACUGGUAGAGAUGUAUUUACUGAUUGGCCCAGGGUUGACUAUAUUUAAUAUUUUCCUAUUAUUUCUGGAUGACCAGAGAGCUGCAGGUUUUCCAAUGGAUAGUAUAUAUGAUAUACCAAUGGCUGGAGACUAUAACUGUUAAUAAAAGUGUAUGUUCCUUUUCUCAGCACUAAUGCUUUCUUCAUCCACUGUUGGAAGCCUGAAUAAAAGAGUGUACCAAAUACUUUGGAUAAGUAAACCUUAAAAACAAAUAAUGAUGUAUACAAAAAACUAACAGCCCAGUCCUUAGGAACUUUUUUUUUU